AUGAAUCGUGUCAAAUACCAAGUAGUCAAUAUUUGCCAAGACAAUCCUAUCUUUGCGGGUCUUUUGGAUUAUAUUCGCUCUUACGCCACUGGAUCCAUAGCAGGCGCUCGACGACUUGUCGAAAACCAGGCCGACAUCGUGAUCAACUGGUCGGGAGGCAUGCACAACGCCAAGAAGUCGGAGGCCUCGGGCUUUUCCUAUGUGAACGACGUGGUUCUGGCGAUUUUAGAGCUGCUCAAGAAGUUCUCACGCGUUUUGUAUAUCGAUCUCGACUUCCACCAUGGAGAUGGCGUUGAAGAAGCCUUCUACACGACGAGCCGCGUGCUCACGAUGUCAUUCCAUAAGUUCGGCGACGUUUUCCCCGGAACCGGAAGCGCGCUCGACGCUGGUUUUGGCGAGGGAAAGGGAUAUGCGGUGAACUUCCCGCUGGAUUCAGGAGUGGACGAUGCGGACUAUCUCUUCGUUUUCAAGCCGGUUAUCGUGGCGAAGGCUGUGGAAGUGUUUCAACCCGAAGCGAUUGUUCUGCAGUGCGGAGCGGACUCGCUGGCAGGGGAUCGAAUUGGGACGUUCAACUUGUCAAUGAAGGGACAUGGAGAGUGCGUGAAGUUCGUUCGAUCGCUGAAUAAGCCGCUGUUGGUGUUGGGAGGCGGCGGAUAUACGAUUCGAAAUGUAGCGCGGUGCUGGACUUAUGAGACGGCGAUUCUUUUAGAGAAAGAAAUCAGCGAUGAGCUUCCUGCUACGGAUUAUUCGGACUAUUUCACGCCCUCUUCCUCGCUGUUUCUCGAUGUGACGUAA